AUGUUCGUUCUCUUGGCGAUGAUGCACCUUCAGAGGAUAUCUUUCUCCCAGCCGAUGGGUUAUGUGGAACAAGCUAUUUCGGAUCUCACUUCAAAACGUAAAGGAAGAUCAAAGAUAGGUUGGCACAACCGUGCGGGUCAAGAUUUAGAUCUACCAUUGGCCAUCCAACAGCAUUUACGUGAUUUCCUCUCACCUGAUUCUCUCCAACACGCAUGGGACGAUCCAGGAAUGUUAAGACAGUGUGUGGAUGUUUUAGACGUUUUGAGAGAAUCUCUGGAUCAUGCGACAGAGGUACGACCUGAGAACUCUCACCUUCGCAUCUUGGACAGGGAAGAGAGAUUGGUCAGAUGGGGUUUGAAACCUUUGGCAGGUUGGAUGGGACCGGGUGGAAGUUUAGAGAUAUUAUCUCGAAAGUGA